CAUUCAGCUCACUUCCACUCCAGCCUCUCUGUCUGUCCCACACACACACACACAGGCUGCUGGCCGGACACCGCUCACACACACCAUGCGUACCUGUCCGGAGCCGAUCCACCGCCCCGUCUUGGAUUUUACUAAAGCUUCCAGCUGAUAGGAACCAGGACAGCUGACCUGAAGGAUAACGCGACCCGCUGAGAUUUAACUUUUUUCCCUCCUGGCUGCUUGUGCGGACUUGUGGAGCGGCGCGGUAAAGGACUUUGUGACUGGGGGCCGGGCCAUGCGCGUUGACCUCUGAGUGUGAGCUCUUUGUGUUUGCGUCCCGUGUGAACUGGAAGCCAUCAUGAGGAGCAGCUCUCACAUCCUGCCUCUCGGUGUGCUCACUGCUCUGCUGCUGUCUCAGGUCUGCUCGGGCAUCAAAUGGCUAGCGCUGUCACACACACCCGCCUCAAGACCAGUCAACCAGACGCAGCACUGCAAGCUGCUCCCCGGUAUGGUGUCCUCCCAGGCGCAGCUGUGCCGCAGCAACCUGGAGCUCAUGCAGACCAUCAUCCAAGCCGCCCGUGAAGUCAAGAAAACGUGUCAGAAGACGUUCGCCGACAUGCGCUGGAACUGCUCCUCCAUCGAAAUCCCCGUCAAUGCCACCAAGUAUCGGCCGGACCUGGAGAGAGGAACAAGGGAGGCUGCUUUUGUGUACGCGUUGUCGGCGGCGACCAUCAGCCACACCAUCGCCCAGGCCUGCACCUCCGGGGAUCUACGGACGUGUUCGUGUGGCCCCAUCCCCGCAGAGAUCCCAGAGCCCGGCUACCGCUGGGGCGGCUGUGCCGACAACCUCAACUACGGCCUCUUCAUGGGCUCCAAGUUUUCAGACGCCCCCAUGAAAGUGAAGCGCUCCGGGUCCAGUGCCAACAAACUGAUGCAGCUUCACAACAGCGAAGUCGGGAGACAGGCACUGAAAGAGGCGCUGGUGAUGAAGUGUAAAUGCCAUGGUGUUUCUGGGUCCUGCUCCAUAAGGACCUGCUGGAAAGGCCUCCAGGACCUCAGGGAGAUCGCCAUGGACCUGAAGUCCAAGUACCUGUCCGCUACCAAGGUGGUUUACCGGACCAUGGGCACGCGCAAGCAUCUUGUCCCCAAAGACAUUGAUGUCAGGCCGCUGCGGGAGAAUGAAAUGAUCUAUUUGCACAGCUCCCCAGACUUCUGCACCAAGAAUGAAAAACUGGGUUCUGUUGGGACGCAGGACAGGCAGUGCAACAAAACCUCCGUCGGCAGCGACAGCUGUGACCUGAUGUGCUGCGGCCGUGGCUACAACCCCUACACGGAGUUGCUGGUCGAACGCUGCCACUGCAAGUACCACUGGUGUUGCUACGUGACCUGCAAAAAAUGUGAGCGCAACGUGGAGAGAUACGUCUGCAAGUGAUCCACCGGUGGGCGGCCCCCCGUCGGCUUCGUAUUGAGCCCCCUCUCCAUCCCCAUGCUACAGAUUAACCAAAGCACUACAGUACCCAGAAGGCUCCAGUCUUCAGCUUUAGCAUGCGUAUCUCGACAAGAGUUAGUAUAUUCUUGUGCAGUAUCCAUAUCACGUUUCAUCUCUAAAACUUCCAACUGGGCUUCGAGGUUCGUUGAUGGGAAAAGUGUGGAAAGAGGACCGUCCUAACGGGUGUUAUCCGCUGUCAUGUUAAUAAUCGUAACCCCUCACCCUGUGGCAGAGGUACGGAAAGCCAGUGUAAACAUAUUUCUAGUAAAAAGAAAUAAUAUUGGAUUUUAUGCUGGAGGAUAUGUUUGGCCUCCUUCCCUGGAUAUCAAAGGGCUCUCAUGGAUUCAGACUUUUUUUAGGUACUAUCGAAACUUUUUUUUUUUCCUCUGGAGAAAUACACCACAGAGGAGGAACACAAAGGGAAAACCUCACGUACUUUUCAAUCACGGAACAUUUCUGCGGUUGAUGCCUGGGACUCGUCACGUGCCCCGCCUGGACCAUGACGUGCCUGAUUCCCUGUGGAACGAGAGAAGAAAUCAAAGAACUUUGUGAAACGGUGCAUUAUCUCAAUUUCAUGCAGGCAGAUCAAAAUAUAUUCUAUUUUUCAGAGCAUAUGAGCGUAACUCAUGGGUUUUGUAAACCACUUUUGCGUGGGUGUAUAUACUGUUAUUUUGUAUACUGAAAUAAAGAAAUAAGUAUUUAUAAAAUAUCCCAUAA